AUGGAACGAUUGUUCAAGAAGGUGAAGGAGGGGCUGGAGGAGUUUGACUUUAUAUAUGAGAAAUUGCAGAAUUGUGAUCAACAGUCGCAGAAGGAGAAGUUGGAGAACGAUUUGAAGAAGGAGAUCAAGAAACUGCAGAGAAAUAGAGAGCAGAUCAAGAAUUGGAUGUCUGGAAACGAGGUGAAGGACAAAAAACCGCUUGUUGAGCACCGUCGACUAAUUGAGCACGAAAUGGAGCGAUUCAAGGAGGUGGAGAAGAUGAUGAAGACCAAGGCGUUCUCCAACGAGGCUCUUGCUUCUGCAGACGUGAACUUGGACCCGGCCCAGCGAGAGAAGCUGGAGUGCGCCGACUUCAUCCAUUCCAUGAUCGAGGAGCUCGAGCGACAAGAUGAGGCUAUUGAGGCUGAAAUCGACCAAAUCACCAGCUCGUUCAAGAAGAAGAAGUCGGACGCUGCCAAGCAAGCCCAGAUAGACGAGCUGAACGAGCUUCUUGAGCGUCAUAGAUGGCAUGGAGGCAAGCUGGAAACGAUACUCCGGUUGCUGGAAAACGACAAUCUGGACGUUGAUCAGAUCAACGACAUCAAAGAAGACAUCGAGUAUUACGUUCAAUCGAACCAGGACGACACUUUUGUGGAAGACGAUACGUUUUACGACGAGCUCGGAUUGGACGAGCUUGAUGAGAGCUUCAACGUGGUUCCUGGCGGCCAGGAUGAGGACGGCGAGGAGGACAGCGAGGACAAGGUUUCUAAGGCAGACUCGAAGCCCUCGACGCGCAAAUCUAGCACGAGUGUUCCAAGUGUGCUUUCGAGCGGUCCUCUCAGCCAGCCUACGCCCACAGAGUCUACACAUCAAACGGUCGCUCAGAAUUUGGCUAUAAGGGCCACUUCAGGCACCCUGCCGGCCACUGUUCAAAAGAGCUCACCGAAGCCAUGGCCUGCUAACUUGACUCCUGCAGCCUCCAGCACAACUACUCCGAAGUUGAAGUACGCCUCAGUGGUAAGCACAGGGUUACCUACUGCAGAAACAAAAGGCAGAGCGUCUCCGAUGGUUCCACCGGGACUUACCAAGACUGGAGAGUCCACCAGAGAGACAACUGCAUCACCAACUCCGUUCUCGUUCUUGGAUACGACCAACUAUGGCCACAUGCCCGAAGGAUUUAGAGAAUAUGUUGGAUGUUUGCAAAGUGCAAAGGAACGACACGAGAGCAACGAAAACCGCACAGUAGAGCCUAUUUUCAUGCAACUAGAGUCCUCAUUGCUCAACUGUCCUGACUCGUACGAUUCUGACAAGCCCCGGAACUACCAGCCAACCAACCAGUUCACCACCCAAACAUGCUUCCCGCAGGAACCAGCAGUGGAGAUCACAGGGUCGACGAAACUUUUGCAGAAACUGGAGAUUAACACCCUAGCCUACUGUUUCUACUACCACAACCAAAAAUAUAAGUCUCCAUUCACAGCCCUGCACAAUCUGGAAGGAUCCAACGACGAUUAUCUCCAAUACAUCACAGCCAAGGAACUUAUUCGUCGUGGAUGGAAGUACCACAAGGAACUUAAGACGUGGUUCCAUCUGGAGGGCAACGAAUGGAAAUUUUUCGAUUACAAGGAGUCAUGGACUGUUAGAAGCCAGCCCGGGUUCUAUUUUGAUCCUAGCCAGGAACAAACGUUGGUGUAA